AUGUGGUGGUUUGGUCCAUGCGCUGGCUGUUCUCGGACGUGGCACCCGCAAGUAACUGGGUAGAUCUGCGUCUAUUAUCCUUUUCUCCUGCAUCUACUGUACCCGCUACUACGAUAGAACCUCGUUCGGGGCUUUAUACUGCUCGUCAUCGCGUGACGCAGGAACUCGUGGCUCUUAAAGUACUGGACCGCCGCCUGCUGCGCCAACGUUCUACGCGUCGUCGUCUGCGUCAAGAAGUGCGAGUGCUGCAACUGGCACGUGAUCACCCGAACUUAUUGCAGCUACAUGAGGUGACGUCGACGGGCGCGCGAGUGGAGUUUGCGUUCGAGUUGGCAAGGGGCGGUGAAGUGUUAGUCAGAUUGCAUUCCGAGCGGGAUGCCAGUCGAGUGAUACAGCAAGCUGGACUGGGGCUGCAGUUCCUCCAUGAGCGAGGUGUUGUACAUGGAGAAGUUCGGCCGGAGCACCUGCUUUUCAGCGACGAUGAACCAGACGCGCGUGUGCUUCUCGCGGCUUUUGGACGGGCAGCGCCUUGGCAAUCGCUGACGUUGCGCUGCCGACCCAGAACUAGAGGGUUCCUGUGGGACCAUGUGUAUCACAUCCGAUUCUUGCCGCCGUUUCUUCUUCGACGCAAGAACAGACUCAAGCAAGAAGAUGACCGAAGACGCCUCGUGACAAACUGGAGAGAGGCACAGCAGAUCGACGUCUGGGCACUCGGCAUCACGCUCUACGUGAUGCUGUGUGGCUGCUUCCCGUUUAGCAGUGGCAACGACCAGGAGAACAUCGUGGCAGACAUCGAACGCCGCGUGCUGCAGGACAAAUUGACAUUUCCGGGGAGUGGAGCGCUCCUGAGUCGUGCGGCGAGGGAUCUACUACGUCGACUUUUAGAGAAGAACCCUGAUGCAGCCAUGAGUAUUGAAGAGGUGACAGCGCAUCCGUGGCUUGAUGGAGAGGUUGCACCGGCUGUCGGCUGGAGUACCGAGAUGUUGGCGCAGCACGAUCUGUUCACUACGCAGUAUGCAGGAGAAGUGGCUGCUGUCGCGUACAGGUCGCCGCCACCUGUACUGACCCAUUCAGCUUUAAGUAGACUGGACAUCCAGAAUGACGUGGCAAAUGCACCUCCGAGUGGGGCUACCACUCUGGCAAGCGUUGAUGGGGCCCGUGGCAGUUUUGGUGGAGGUGGAGCUGUGUUGAAACGCGACACUCUCAAGGUGGAAGCGGAAGAAGAAGAAGCGCGUCCAUCCUUUAUGUCUACACAUGGCACUCCGCUUGUGCUAGAUGAGGAAGUGCAUCUGGAACGCCCCAGUGCUGAUUGCUUCAUGCGUCUUGCCAGUUUCGAGAUGAGGGGUAACAACAUGAAUACAAACAGCGAUGAUGAAGACGUCGUGGCCGACCCCGGGACGACUCGUUCCCGGGGCACCGUACCCGCGAACGGGUUCACUGCUGCGGGCAGGCACGUGACUCGCCAAAAGUCUCUAGACAAGAUGUGGCAGGUGUUGCUGCGCCAACGUCGCUUCUUCUCGUCCAAAUCACUGAGUAGCGGCUCAAGCAACGAAAAAUCGUGA